AUUGCAAUUUUAUAUAACCAGUUACAAAGAAAAGAAAAAAAACCGCCAAAACUUCUUUCGUUCUGUUUUUACUAUGCAUCCCCGCCAAUUAGAAGAGUAGUCCAUAGUUGAAAUCCGUAACCGCCCAAAAAUGGCAUUUCAUUCCCGUAUCAGUGUCACCCUAAUCAUCUUCAUACUUUCUUUCUUCCUCGUGUUCCGUGUCAACGGAAUUCAAAUAAUCUCCAAAUCGAAACUGGAGAAGUGCGAGAAGAACUCAGACUCCAAAAAUCUCAAUUGUACCACCAAAAUCGUAGUGAACAUGGCUGUUCCCAGUGGCUCGAGUGGAGGAGAGGCGUCGAUUGUUGCGGAAUUGGUGGAAGUGGAGGAAAAUUCAACCAGGAAAAUGCAGACAUUGCGGAUUCCACCCGUGAUAACGAUCAAUAAAACUUCUGCGUAUGCGUUGUAUGAGUUAACAUAUAUACGAGAUGUUCCUUAUAAACCUGAAGAGUAUUAUGUUCAGACACGUAAAUGUGAGCCAGAUGCUGGUGCAAAUGUCGUGAAGAUAUGCGAGAGGCAAGCCAUGUUUUAUUUAUUUUAUUAUGACCAGGGACUGACAAGUUUAGAUUAUGUUGAUUUCACUGCAUGGUUUCUGGUUUGCAGACUGCGAGAUGAAGAGGGUCAUAUUAUUGAGAACACUCAGCCAAUUUGUUGUCCAUGUGGGCCUCAAAGGCGGAUGCCUUCAUCAUGUGGAAACUUCUUUGACAAAUUGACAAAAGGAAAGGCCAAUACUGCACAUUGCGUGCGUUUCCCUGGUGAUUGGUUUCAUGUUUUUGGCAUUGGGCGGAGAACUUUGGGGUUUAGUGUUCGAAUACAGGUGAAGAGUGGAACUAAAAUUUCGGAAGUGGUUGUGGCGCCUGAAAGCAGAACAGUGAUCUCUGAUGAUAAAUUUUUGAGGGUUAAUCUUAUUGGAGAUUACGUUGGGUACACAAAUAUACCAUCUUUUGAGGAUUUCUAUCUAGUUGUACCAAGGCAGGGCAGCCCUGGUCAACCGCAGAAUUUGGGGAGAAACAUUUCUAUGUGGAUGCUGCUCGAGAGAGUGAGAUUUACCUUAGAUUCUGUUGAAUGCAACAAAAUUGGUGUGAGCUAUGAAGCUUUCAAUCGACAGCCAAACUUUUGCUCUUCGCCCUUUUGGACCUGCUUGCAUAAUCAGUUGUGGAAUUUUCGGGAGGCUGACCUGAAUCGAAUAAGUAGGAAUCAAGUGCCACUCUAUGGUUUGGAAGGAAGGUUUGAAAGGAUAAACCAACAUCCAAGUGCUGGGAGUUAUUCAUUCUCCAUAGGAAUUACUGAGGUUCUUAAUACAAACCUUGUGCUAGAAUUAAGUGCGAAUGAUGUAGAGUAUGUUUAUCAAAGGAGCCCAGGAAAGAUUAUAAGUGUUAGCGUCCCUACAUUUGAAGCCCUAACCCAAUUUGGUGUUGCUAGAAUCACAACUAAGAACACGGGUGAGGUGGAAGCAUCAUAUGGUUUGACGUUUAAUUGCUCCAAGGAUAUCACCCUGAUGGAGGAGCAAUUUUUAAUAAUGAAGCCAAAUGAGAUUACAACCAGAUCGUUCAAACUCUACCCCAGCAAUGAUCAAGCUUCAAAAUAUUUUUGUGCAGCCAUAUUAAAGGACUCUGAUUAUAAUGAAGUUGAUAGAGCCGAAUGUCAAUUUGCUACGACGGCAACUGUUCUUGACAAUGGCACACAGGGGAUGCCUUUUCAACCACCUGAGACAAGUUUAAAUGGUUUCUUUGAUUCUAUUGAAAACUUAUGGAAUAAACUUUGGACCAGCUUAACAGAAUUUAUGACUGGAAGAACUUGUAGACAAAAAUGCUCUGGGUUUUUUGACUUCAAGUGCCACAUACAAUAUGUAUGCUUGAGUUGGGUAAUGAUGUUUGGUCUGUUUUUGGCAAUUUUUCCGACAGUGCUUGUACUCUUAUGGCUUUUACACCAAAAGGGUCUGUUUGAUCCUCUUUAUGACUGGUGGGACGAUCUCUUAGACGCUGAUGAACAAAUCGUCAUGGAUAAACGCAAAACCACAACUGACAAGGGACAUCACCAUAUUCAUGACAACAACCAUCACAAGCAAGAGUUUAGGCGCCCUAACUAUAAUGCUCGAUAUAGGGGAAGGACCGCUUAUGAACAUAAACUCAAGCAUUCGGGAAGGAGCUCUGAUUAUUUUGAUGAUUUACGACAUAUUCAUAAAGAAAUGCACAAGCAUUCUGAUUAUUUUGAUCUUUCAGACCAUGUUCAUAAAGAAAUGCACAAGCAUGGUCAUAAGAAAAAGAACAUGGAUAAUCAGCAGCAUACUGCUGACCAUCCUGCACACCACAAACACAGAAAGAAAUGGGAUAGUUCAGAGGGACAACUUAAAGAGAAGAAGCUAAAGCAUGAUAAAGUGAGGCAAGAAAAUUAUGGCAAACACAGACAAGUUCAGCUAGAUGAGCCAGAGGAUGAGUAGAUUNAAGCCCGAACUUACAACUUAAUGCGGACAUUUUUUUAAUUUCAGACACCAAAGUUUAACAGCAACUUGUUAGUUAUUAUAACUACUUCAUAGAAUCAUGGUUACGCUUUAUCCUUUUUCCUUCUCCCAUUUCCACUACUAGUCUUUCUAUCUUUCUAUUAUUAUCUAAUAUGGUGGG